CAGCUCACUUGGACUGUUUGCUGCUCCGGGGUUUGUGAAGAAAGCACGGAGCGCUGCGAUGAGCCACCACACUAUCUACUCUGCUCAAUCUCUGUAAUAACAGCUAACGUUACUCUCUGAAGCAAACUCUGGACACCACUCUGCUUCCCACUGUGAACUUUGGGGGACCCCGCAGGACUAGUGGCUCCAGCAUCAGCAGCAUCAUCUUCUUCAAUUGGGGCUAGGAGCAAGGUGCAAACUCCACAUUCAAUAGAAUCUCUUUUCAGUGUUUGCACCAUGUCGUCUAAACCUCACCCUCCUCUGAUGAAGAAGCACAGUCAGACAGACCUGAUAAGCCGUCUGAAGAGCCGGAAGAUCCUUGGAGUUGGCGGCGAGGAUGAUGAUGGUGAAGUGCACCGUUCAAAGAUCAGUCAGAUGCUCGGAAAUGAGAUGAAGUUUACAGGUCGAGAGCCUAUCGGGCUGAGGGUCUGGAUACUCAUCUCAGCAGUGGGUUUCACAGUUAUGGCCGUGAUGGCCCUGGUGUUUCCCAACCAGCUAUAUGAGGUUGUUUUUGAGGAGGAGCUCUCCACGACUAGCCUCUCCGUUCGCCUUUAUGGAGGAGCACUGCUUAGCCUGGCCCUCAUCAUGUGGAAUGGUCUCUACACAGCAGAGAAGAUCGUAAUCCAGUGGACUCUGCUCAGUGAAGCGUGCUACUUUGCCGUCCAGUUUCUAGUGACAUCCAUCACCUUAAUCGAGAUUGGCAUCCUGCCAAAUGCCGCCAUGCUCUUGCUCCUCAGUCGGGUGUUCUUCCUGGUCGUCACCAUGGCUUACUACUUCCACCUGGGCCGUAAGUGGAAGAAGAUCUGAGGUGUCAGUUACACUUCCAGGGAGGGGACAGCUGAGCACAGAUCAGGAACAAGGGGUCAGAAGGUUUGGAAUAUUAUUUGAUUGGGGCUUGGAGUAUUACUUUGCCAGUGGAUGCCCCUUUCCAUGGGACCUAGCCUAUUGUAACCCCCAGUAUUUAACAGAUGAGCACAGUCUCGCAUUCCAGACUCUACGACACGAACAAGAAGUGAAUUUUUCCUUCACUGGGCUGUGAGGUCAAGCCCCUCUUGACACACACUCCUCCUUUGUGCAGUUCUGAGUGCUGUUAUUACAAAUAAACAGCUAGCAUUUUGUAGUCCAUUGUGUCACCUAGUUAAAUGAUUUAAUUUGUACAGUACAUCUGACUAUGUUGUUCAUGUACAGCCACAGGAUUUCCACAUUCAGUAUUUUGUGUUAUCUAAAGUUGUAUUUUGACACCGCUUCUUAAUCGCACUCAAGGACCAAGAGUUUGUGCUUUAAUUUGUUUGAUACUAUUGAUGUUAAAUCAUACUGUUAUAUGCUUAAGUGAAGCCUGAAUAUCUGUGCUCUUGCAUGCUUCUCUUACACCUCCAGCAGCUACUGUGCUUCAUGUAAGAUUCGCAGUCAGAUGAGCUGGAUGAGUGACAACAAACCUUUUCUUAAACAGCUUUCUUGGUCAGCACACUGAGGAAACUCUCAAUCACCACCAUCAACCAUAUUCAGAUUUAGACUACCCAAAAAUAAAUGCUGAAUCUUAAACAUUUUUCAGGGACAAAGUGAUUUUUUUAUUCUUUGAGCAAUCAGUCAAGAAGUUCUACCAAAGUGAAUGGGAAUUAAUUUGUACAGAAUAUUGACACUACUGAGAUUAAUAUGUGAUGUUGAUAAAUGCACAUGUCAACCGCCUCGUAGAAGAGAAGCAGUGUAGUUCUCUCUCUCUGUGUGUGUGUGUGUGUGUGUGUGUGUGUGUGUGUGUGUGUGUGUGUGUGUGUGUGUGUGUGUGUGUGUGUGUGUGUGUGUGUGUGUGUGUGUGUGCGUGUGUGCGUGUGCGUGUACGUGUUGGUAGGCAGGACUUGGCCCGAGUGAUCUUACAGAAAGUAUUUUAACAUUCUGAGCUUUACUGUAAAGCUAGUGCCACAAGCCCAGCAUGUAAGUGUGCAGAGCAAACAAACCUGAGCUGGUUCCUCUUCAGUGAUGUAGCACAGUUUUUUUUACAUACACCUUAUCCUUAGCCUUAAAACUACUUAAAGAAACAGUCAUCAACACUGCAUCCUACUUCAUGUAAAUAUGUAAAUAAAAGUAUUUACUAUUAUGUGGUGUUCUUAUGGACCGGAACUUGUUCAGUAUUAGUUAAAUGUUUUUCAAAGGUUAAUCUUUCUCUUGGUGCGUCUUAUUUUGUACUUAGUGCUGUUUGUGUUUUUGACGUCAUGCAUGCAAUACAAUCCACCAAAAGAAAUGACUAAAUGUGUAGCAGACGGCACCCAACUAGAACUCAAAGCUGAUAAAUACAGUAGAGAUGUUAAUGGCGGUGAAUGGAUGCAUUAGCUAAAUAUGGCAAAAUAGCCUAAAAAAACAUUUGAUUUAUAAGGCAGUUAAACUAAAUAAGAGAUAUAUAUAAUCCAGCACUUGAUUUUCACCCAAUCGAUAUGUUCAAUGCAUUUUAUUUACCUCCCACUUCUUGGCCCGCCUUCAGGUACGGGACAUCCUUACUCGACGACGCUAAAUAGUCAAAUCUGAUCUCUGCAACUCAAAAAGACACUCUUAAAAAUAGUUCUCAUUUUGUAAAGAAGUCGAACAAGAAACAUACGGUCGGUCUCCUCCAAAGGUGGUCCAUAUUGUUGCAAAUGACCACGUUCAGUCCUGCCCUCAAAGGGAGUGGUCCUGAGGUCGGAGUGAUUGUGGGUUUGCAGUUGUGAGUCCAGCACUGAAGGCAGAUGUGCUUGUUACUUGGGUGAGCUUUCAGUUCAGAUAGGGAAAACAUGAAACAUGGGUGAGGUCUCCCGUACUCCUGAAAAGUUGUAAUUAUCUUUUUUUCCAGUGUUUAAUUAGAUGAAGCUCUCCAGAGUGACAUUGUGUGCCCCAACCUACUGAUCCGUCCUGACUAGCACGGUAAUUAUGGAGUUCAAGAAAAAUGUCAUUCCAUUUCCGUCGAUACUACAGGCCUCAAAUCAUCAGCCCUGUGAAAUGUUCAAAGGUCUGUGAAGCAGGUUAUUUUAGGAGAGAUGGGUAGUUUCAGGGGGGACAGGCAGAAGAAGGGAGGCAAAGAAAUGGCUCUUUCAUCCUCCUGGUUCUCUGACGUAAAUUAGUCCAAAUAUUACAUUGGUAAAUUGUGUCCUUGACAUUUUAGAGGAAUAGUAAGUUGAGCUAUUCAUUCCCUCCUGAUGUAGAUCCAACAUAUAUUGUACUGUUGUGAAUAGCAUACUCGGUCAAAUUGUUUACAAGUUGUAGCAUUGUGUUUUUAUAUAUAUAUGUGAUAUAUUGUACCUCGAAAAUGAAUUGUUAUGGAUUUCCACUAUUUAGUUUGAAAUAAAGGACAAUACUGUUUAUUUUGAAGACUUCAAAAGUUAUGUAAUCAUCUUUGUUCCUUGUCCUUUCUGAUAUAAAUAUAUAAAGUGCUGUGAUAAAC